GUGUUUAUAUACUCUUUGAUUACUGGUUAUCUGUGUCCAGGUGAAGAAAAGAGGAAUUUUUUGUGUUUAAAAUCAGAUACCUAUUACACUACAUUCAAAAUGAUACCUCGUGUCCAUCAUCUGAAGAAUAUAAUAAAGAAUUUUGAAAAAAAUGUCCUACAAAUAUUUGGAUUUCCACCUAGAGAGUUGGCGUUGGCAUAUACUUAUGAGAAAAAAUUACCACAACCCAAAAAGUUUUCCAUUAAAGACAUUGUUGGAGAUGGAAUUUUGUUAGCUGUACCCAAAUUUAGGAGAACUGUGGAAAAGAGAUGGAAGAGAAAAUUUGGAAGUCCAGAAUAUGUGUGGAAAAUGCUAGUACCAAAAACUAACAUCAUUGUUUGCAAUGAUUGUGGGCAUUACCAUGAGCGUGGCUACAUCUGUGGCCAUUGCUACAAAAAAGUGGAAGAAGAAACAAAAGAAAUUCAAGAUAAAAUACAGGAAAAAUUGGGCAACCUAAAACCAAUUGAAAGUGAGGUCAUUGUUUUGUAUAAUGGGGAAAAUUUGCCAGAACAGCCCAAAGAGUUUUGGCAAGGGAAAAGGAUAAUUGAAAUGAAGAAAGACAGACCACAGUGGUUCAGUAAGAAUCUUUUGCAGAAAUCAACACAACAACCAUCAGAAUCUAAAGACGUUAAACCUACUGAUUUAGCUUAGACAAUUUAGUAGUAUGUAGUAGUAUAUUUAGUGUUUAUAUACAUGUUAUAAUUAUUAUGAAUAAAUAAUGACCUCAAAUGAG